AUGAAAACAUUUGGAAGACAAAGCCGUUUCUGGGAAGAGAAAAGAAAGACAAGAGUUAACAAUUAUCGUGAACUUGGAAAAACGGGCACUGAGAAGGAGAAAAGAAACAAAAUCCAUACUGAAGCUCAAGAUUCCACUCAUACUCAAUGGCUGAGUUCCUACAAAGAUCACCAGUCAAUCGCUAACUCUGGAGUUCCUGUUAAUGUGACUCGAAAAAACAAAGGAAAAAAACACAUAAAAAAACAAAACGCGCACAGAACAGCUCCAGCACGCAAUGCAGCUGCAAAGAGGGGGGGAUUUGAAUUAUUACCGGCAGCUCGGAUCCGGAGGCGGAGGGGGAGGCUUUGGGCGGCGACAUUGCCGGCGGAGGAGCUGAUGAGGCCGACAAGCGCUCGAUCCGGCAAUGGAGCUCCGAUUGCAGAUCCGACUCAUGCAAGGACGAGCCGUGAUUUUGAUUUGGCGUCGAUUCGCGAGGUUCUAUUUUUGGUACCUUUACUCGCCAUGAAUGAUAACGACGGCGAUUUCGUGGUUGUGAACUUGACGUGUCUCGACUUGAGCCAAGAACAGGCCAACCAGCCAUUUCGUCGGGUUGGGAGGUCAGCGACACGGGGAAGUGGGAAAGAAGAAGAAGGGAGAUAG